CCGCGCGCCCACCGCCCCCCCGCCGCCGGCGCGCGCCAACCGCCAACGGCCCCAACGGCCGGCGGCAGCCCCGGCGCGGUGCGGCGGGCCUUGGCCGCCCCCCGGUCGCUGGCCGCGGGCCCGGCGGGGCGGGGCGCGGCGAGGUGCGGCCUGCGCGCCGGAAGUGAGCGGCGGGGGGAGCCCGGAGCGGCGGCGGGGGCUGAGGCGGGAGCGGCGUGGAGGGAGCGGCGGCGGCGGCUCUGCUGCCGGCCAGGGACGUGCCCCGGCUGCCGGGCGGAGGCGGCUCCGCGCUCGGCGGAAACAAGAAGGGGGAAAGGAAGGGAGCGGCGGUGGGAGCCGGUACCGGCGGCCACCAUUAGCAGCGGCGAGAGGAGGAGCCGCCGCCGCGGGGGUCCGCAGGCGGAGCGGGAGCGGAGCCCAGGCGCCGCCGCCGCGGCGAGGGAGCGAGCGGGAGCGUGCCCGCCGCCGCGCCCCUCCAUUUUGUGGGGGCCGCCGCUGCCCGCCGGGGGCUGCCCCGGAGCCGGGGCGAGAUGGAGCAAUUAUCAGAUGAAGAACUUGACCAUGGUGCAGAAGAAGAUAGUGAUAAGGAAGAUCAGGAUCUGGACAAGAUGUUUGGGGCCUGGCUGGGGGAACUGGACAAACUCACGCAGAGUUUGGACACAGACAAGCCUGUGGCACCAGUGAAGAGAUCACCUCUCCGCCAAGAAACUAAUCUUGCCAAUUUCUCAUAUCGCUUCUCCAUGUACAAUUUGAAUGAAGCCCUGAAUCAGGGGGAGACUGUGGAUCUAGAUGCCCUCAUGGCUGAUCUCUGUUCCAUAGAGCAGGAGCUCAGCAACAUUGGGUCUCAUUCAGCAAACAGUGCUGCAGUGAAACGCCUACCCACAGAAACCAAAGCUCAGAAACCACCUGCUAGUCGACCUUCUGCUAAGCACAGCAGCAUGAAAGGAUUAUCCUCUUCAUCUGGUAAGGUGACUAAACCAUCACAGGCCAAUGUUUCUUUGGAUGACAUCACUGCACAGUUAGAGAAGGCCUCCUUGAGCAUGGAUGAGGCAGCCCAACAGUCUGUCACAGAAGACACUAAACCUGCUCAGCACAGGAGGACAGCAUCCGCUGGCACAGUGAGUGAUGCUGAAGUGCACUCCAUCAGCAACUCCUCCCGUUCCAGCAUAACCUCUGCAGCUUCCAGCAUGGACUCCUUGGAUAUCGAUAAGGUGACGAGACCUCAGGAACUGGACUUGACAUCACAAGGGCAACCAAUCACUGAGCACUCCUAUUUGGACAGGGAAACCUCCCUCCUUCUGAGAAACAUUGCAGGAAAGCCUUCUCAUUUGCUGACCAAGGAGGAACAGGCUGCUAAACUCAAAGCUGAGAAGAUUAGGGUUGCGUUAGAGAAGAUUAAAGAGGCACAAGUGAAAAAGUUGGUGAUCAGAGUCCACAUGUCUGAUGACAGCUCAAAAACAAUGAUGGUGGAUGAGAGGCAGACAGUGAGACAAGUACUAGACAAUUUGAUGGACAAAUCACAUUGUGGUUACAGUUUAGACUGGUCGUUGGUAGAAACCGUCUCUGAAUUGCAAAUGGAAAGGAUCUUUGAAGAUCAUGAAAAUUUAGUUGAAAAUCUUCUGAACUGGACAAGAGACAGUCAGAACAAACUAACGUUUGUGGAACGUAUAGAGAAAUAUGCACUUUUCAAGAAUCCCCAGAACUAUCUUCUGGGGAAGAAGGAAACCUCUGAGAUGGCAGACAGAAAUAAAGAGGUGCUGCUAGAGGAAUGUUUCUGUGGAAGUUCUGUAACAGUGCCAGAAAUUGAGGGAGUUUUGUGGCUGAAAGAAGAUGGUAAGAAGUCUUGGAAGAAACGUUACUUUCUUCUGCGAGCUUCUGGAAUCUACUAUGUCCCUAAAGGGAAAGCAAAGGUAUCACGGGAUCUCGUGUGCUUUCUACAGCUUGAUCAUGUCAAUGUUUACUAUGGGCAGGACUAUCGGAACAAGUACAAAGCACCUACAGACUACUGUUUAGUGCUAAAGCAUCCUCAGAUCCAGAAGAAAUCCCAGUAUAUCAAGUAUCUUUGCUGUGAUGACGUAAGAACUCUACACCAGUGGAUCAAUGGCAUCCGCAUUGCUAAGUAUGGGAAGCAACUGUACAUGAACUAUCAGGAAGCACUGAAGAGGACAGAAUCGGCAUACGACUGGACUUCGUUGUCUAGUUCCAGUAUCAAGUCAGGCUCCAGUUCAUCUAGUUUGCCAGAGUCUCAAUCAAAUCAUUCUAAUCAGUCUGACAGUGGAGUUUCUGACACCCAGCCAACUGGACAUGUCCGUUCCCAAAGUAUUGUCAGCUCCAUGUUCUCCGAGGCCUGGAAGCGAGGCACUCAACUGGAAGAAUCCAGCAAGGCCCGAACCGAGCCUGCAGGUUGGCCCUUCGUGUCUCUCGCGCCUCCUGUGUCCCCACAGACAAAAGUGGCGGCCCCCUAUGCAGCGUCGCAGCCGUCCCCCCCGCUCCCCCCACCGCCUCCCCCGCCCCCCCCACCUCCGCCCCCCCCGCCGCCCCCGCCGCCCCCGCUUCCCAGCCAGGCCGCCCCCUCUGCCGGCUCGCCCGCCACCAUGUUCGUCAAGUACAGCACCAUCACCAGGCUGCAGAACGCAGCCCAGCACGGCGGGCCUUUCGCCAAGGCCCCUGGCCCCCAGCAGGCCCCCCCGCCCCCCCCGCCUGCCGGCAAGCCCCACAUCCUGGUGCCCCCCAACGGCGUCAUGCCGCCUCCCCCCCCUCCGCCACCUCCCCCCACGCCGGGCUCGGCCAUGGCACAGCUGAAGCCGGCGCCCUGCGCCCCCUCGGUGCCACAGUUCACCCCUCCACCCCCGCCUCCCAAAAUCCAUCAAGUGCAACCAAAUAUAAGCCAGGCCGCUGCUGCCACUGCCUCCCCACUGCCCCCACCUCCUCCCCCCGUGCCUGCCCCACCACCGCCCCAGGCACCCCCAAAGCCCCUCAUGACAGCUCUCCCCACUCAGCCUGGCGGGAAGGCAGCGUCGCCGGGGGGCACACAUGUCACACCCUCUGGGCCCGCUCCCUUGCCCCCACUCAUAAAGAAACAGCCAAGCAUCACCUCUCCCCAGGUGCCCCCCCUGUCCCCAGCCCCUCCUGGCCUCACUCCCCCCCCCACUUUCCCAAAGCAGCAGACCUUCUCCGUGAAGCCCCCUCCGUCCCCUCAGUCCCCGGUGCCAUCGGUGGUGAAGCAGAUAGCCAGCCAGUUCCCACCUCCUCCCACCCCACCUGCCACCGAGCCCCAGCCUCUAAAGCCCCUUCCGCUGAGCGUGGCUCCGCAGUCACCUCCGGCAGUGAAGGCAAAGCCCAAGUGGCAACCCGUUGCUGUUCCCUCACCUGAUUUCCCCCCUCCUCCGCCAGAGAGCAGUUUAGUGUUUCCUCCUCCACCUCCUUCCCCAGCUACCUCUGCAGGUUCUCCCCCCCCUGACAAAUCAGGGUCUCCAGUCAAAAAGACCAGCAAGACAUCAAGCCCAGGAGGGAAGAAACCGCCUCCAACACCUCAGCGAAACUCUAGCAUCAAGUCCACCAGCUCCACUGAGUACCACGAGUCCAAGAGACCUUCAGUGGACCGCCUUGUCAGCAAAUUUGCACACCCACCGGAGCCAUCGGGGUCUCCUUCCAAGGAGUCCUCACCUCCUGCAGCCCCUCCAAAGCCGGGAAAGCUCAACCUUUCUGGGGUGAGCCUGCCGAUCGUCCUUCCGCAAGGAGGGAUCCCAGCCAAGGCUCCUGCCCUGGGUGUGGCUGGGAAGGAACCUGUGGUCGAAUUCCCUUCGCCACCAUCAGAUUCAGACUUUCCACCACCACCACCUGAAAUAGAUCUUCCUCUCCCACCAGUUGAGAUCCCAUCCGUGUUUUCAGGCAGCACCUCCCCAAAAGUCGCUGUCGUCAAUCCUCAGCCUCAGGCGUGGUCAAAACCAUCCGUGAAGAAAGCCCCGCCGCCCACGCGUCCCAAGCGGAAUGACAGCACUCGGCUGACGCAGGCCGAUGUGGCAGAGCCACCAGCGUCAGCCGGCCCCCAAGUGCCCACUUCGCCCAAGUCCAGCCUUAGCGUUCAGCCGGGAUUCCUGGCAGACCUCAACCGGACGCUGCAGCGGAAAUCCAUCACCCGGCACGGCUCCCUCUCAUCUGCACGCGUGUCCCGAGCCGAGCCCACGGCCACCAUGGACGACAUGGCCUUGCCCCCGCCCCCACCUGAGCUGUUGGCCGACCAGCAGAAGACGAGCAGCUUUGGGGGCAGCCACAUAUCCGGCUAUGCAACGUUACGGAGGGGGCCGCCCCCCGCGCCCCCCAAAAGGGAUCAAAACACCAAGCUGUCACGGGACUGGUAGCCAGUCCCCAGGGCUGGUGCUUCAGUGACUCGCGAGCUGCUCCGCGAUCGGCCAGCCCGCGACGGUGCGUGCCUGGAGAGAGCGCGGGGACCUGGACGGUAGCUCCAUCACAAGAGGUGAUCUCAUGCUGUAGCUAAGGCUAAAUGUAGAGACGUUCCCCUUUCAUGGCUAGGCCAAAAAGUUGGGGGCUUGAGGCAGGGGGGUUGUUAUUUUAUUGGGGGAGGGGGCAGAGAAGCAUCGACUUAUCCUUUCAAUUUCUUUUACCCUUCAUAUGGAUUGGACCAAAAAUCCUUUUUUCUUACUUUUUCUGCAUUUGGGGGGAAGAUGAUUUUUUGUAGUGUCUGUCCAUGUGAGACAUGUUCGUGCAUGUAUUAUAAAUGUAGGUAUAUAAUAUAUUGUGAUAUAUUUCGUCGCAAUUAUAGAAGAUAACCAGAAUGUUUUUGUAGAGCCGUAUUUAUUGUUUCAGUCACUACGUUAUCAGGAAUGGGACUCUGUAACCAGUCAAAUUUUAACAUUAAGAUGAAGAUGUAGGGGGCACUUUAAAGAAAAGAAGAGAAAACACACCACAAACCUCUUUUGGCAGUUUGUGACGGGUAAAUGGUGCAGAGCUGAGGCGUUCUGCUGGUAACUGUACAUUGGUCAUUGAUUGAUUGAAAAAUACAGAUGCAACGUACCAAAACAUUCUGGUCGCAAUACUACUGAAAAUGAGUGAGUAAGAAAAUAGAUUAUCUAUAAUGGGCUGGAGUGAAAUAUAUUUAUACUAUGAAGAGCCUCCCCCUCCCUCCCAGGUAGUUUAAAAAUAUACACUAUGGCAAAUUAAUACCAAGUUCUUUGUCUGUGUGGUAAAUAGGAUAAAUAUAUAUUAUUCCAAUCCAUUAUGCAUUCUAACUUUAUGCUAGGCUUGAUCAUUUGUUUUUAUGGCUCGAGUAUUUGUGUUAACCCCUUUUGAAAGCUGCCAGAACUCCUGCAAUCAAUGCUGACCCACAAGGCUGACCCACGGUGAAACAUCACUUGUUACGUAUGCUUCUUUUCCCGAAUGAACAGGUAGGUUUCUGUAGAGAGCAUUAUGUUCUCACACAGACAUACACAACGUACAGUCUCACUUUGUUCGUGCCUGAUAAGAUGUAUUAUCUUCACAAAAGCAAAUGUUGGGAAAAUGUUUACAGAAAGCGUUGUUUGUAAUUCAUUAGAAACUGGCAGGAAACUUUCCCUUCUGGAAAGCAAGAAGGGAACAGUAAUUUCAGUCCGAGCAUAGCUGGAAUUCUCUUUUCUUUGACCUGCCAGAGACUGUGACCAAUGCAUAAACCUAUUAAUUAUGAAGUUGCACUUCUAGCAGUCAAGGGAGAUGACUGGGGGAAAAAAAUUGAGGCAAUAACAUUUGCUAAUAAUUUAAUUUAACAGGCCCUAUUAGCAAGAAAUAGACUAUCAUAUUUGGGUUGUUUAUUUAUUUGCCACCAAUUUACAAUCAAUCACCAGAUCAAAAUACUAGAGACCUUUUUCUUGUACUUCAGUAGUUUGUACAGUCUUACCCACAUAUCGGGCGUCGUGUAAAGGUAGUGUAGUUAGCAUAAGUGGUCUUGUGUAUCAUGCAUGUUCAGUACAGGGUAGUGGUACACAAUCUUUGUAAAGUAAUUAAAAUACUUGGGCUGUACCUACCCCAUCCUCAGUUGUUACAGCGUCCCUGAUGGUCGCUACAGGAAUACUGUCCAGGCUCGGAUGGCAAAUGGUUUUACUCUUUGUUUCCCUUUUCUCCAAAAGCAGAUUUUAAAUGCUUUCCUUUCCCCAAAGAAAGAAACAAAGGAAUAGCUUGACUUGACAGUAUCUUCAUAUGUGUAAAAUAGAUGGAAACUAAUCUCUCAUUAGAGCAAAAUAGUUGUAAUUCAAGCUGAUAGAGCUAAGAAAUAUUGUGACAGUGUCCCCCAUUCCUUUUUUUUAUAAAGUGUUUUUAAAAAAUCCAAAUAAUAAAGUAAAUGUCUUUGUGAAUAAUUUAUGAAUAGGAAAAAAGUUUUGCCGAUUAGAGAGAAAAAAUGACACAUCUAUAAUUAUAUAGUUUUAAAUAAGUGCAUCAUGAAAAGAGAAAAAAAAGAAUGGUGCUGUCUCUGCUGACCUGUUUCAUAUGAUUUUUUUAAAUCUCUUUCAGCGCCUCUGGAAAUUGUUCUAAUAUAUCAGACUAGUUUUUUUGAGCAAUAAGAAUAUACCAUUGUGUGCAUUUUUAAAGCACUGCUGUGGAAAGGCACUUUUUUGUAUCUUUCAAAUUGUUCACAAAGUUUUAUUUCUACUAUUUUUGUGCUUAUAAAGUGUCCUUAAAAGCAUUUGCAUUGUUGAUUUUAAGUAUGCUCAGUGUAGCUGGCCAAUAACUUCAUAGGAAGAUUGUUAAGCUACACUGCAAUUCAUGGGUGCUGUAAUUUUCUACGUUGGUCCUCCUGCUGCUUUGUACUGUAUGGAGCCCCUGGGGCUCACGCCUGCCAGUGGAGCAAAAGGAGCACAGGCACGGCCGUAACUCCCAGCCCUUACUGACGACAGGUAAGCGAACUCUCUGCGACUCGUUGGCAAGGUGCAUCUGGGCUGACGCAGCGCACGCUCCCAGACAAGAGCACCGGGGAACUGUGCUUGCCCCAUCCUGCUUUACUUCCCCCCAAAACAGCUCCACUGGUAUGUGUCAGUUCCAGCCCUCUUGCUUGUGUUCGUUCCGUGCGGGUACCUCUGGGAUCUGCUCUUGGCAGAGGAAUGUUUUGAGUGCAAUUUCUUCAGAGGCAUUUGAGCUUUGUUCUCAUUUUCCUGUGCCCAAAUUUGUUUACCCCAUAUCUCCCGCUAGGCAAUGCAUCCAUGCUUACUGCUGCAGGCCACUGAACAGAGUGGGAGACGGAGGUGUAACUCCAGGUUUGCAGCAAAAGGAAUGGCUGUCAGCAAAGGUGGCAGCCUGUAUUCCUUCUUUUACAGCUUCCUAAGUCAGUAGCGAUGCAAAAAUGUAACGCGUGGCUGCAACUUGUCCUCUCAGCCGAACACUGAAAUUUGGCUACAGAGUGGUUCAGACAACCUGGUGGCCUUUUCAGCUUAUGAGACUCCUCAUUGUAACUUGCUUUUCCAGUGUAUUUACUGUUUUUGUGGCAGUAAAUAUUUAUGCCUUAUUUGCAAGUUAGUUGUUUUUUCCCCUUGAAUGCUGGUCUCAAAAUGGGAUGACUGUAUCUGUUAAGAUCCUAAAACAAAGGAGCCAGAUCUCAGACACACAGUGAGAAGCUUGCUGCUACAAACGCUGUCUGAAAUCCUUUAGGCGCUUAUUCAAAGGAGCGGGUGAGAGCUGAGCUUUCAUACUCUGGACACAAAGAGAGCAGCUGCUUUGAUGCCAAGGUAGGGAUAGAGUACAGGAGCCUUUGACGCCUGUUAAGGCAUGUGGCAGGGAAAGCCCUGCUGCUGCGGGAGCAGCUGAGAGCGCACGGCUGCGCCCUUCGCCCCGGUCCAGGGCUGCCCCUCGGUUCCCAGCUGCCAAGCAGCGGUAGCCCCUGCCCGCGUGGGCAGCGGGGCCCUGGUCGGCCCGCAGAGAGGGGUUUCCCUGUACAUGCAGCACCAGUGUAAAGGCAGGGAGCUAGUCCUCUCUAAUACUUCAGCUGUAAUUUGCCUCCUGCAGAAUUGCUUUGAAAGGGAAAACUAGGCUUCUCAUAGCUGCGCUCAUCUUAGAAGAUUUAAAAAAAACCCACAACUUCUGAGCAAGUGGUUCUAAACAAAUCACAGGCAAGAUGCUGGGGGUGGGGGGGGAGGCUGUUCUGUUCUGUUUUUUAAACCCUGCGUUUGGGGGAGGAGGUGUAGGCACAGGUUCCAUCAAAAAAAAAAAAAAAUAAGUCCCAGUUAUUUUCCUUGGAAGGGGAAAGCUCCUGCUCCCAGCUGUGCAGUGGCUCCUCUCCCCAACUUACUGUGCAAGUUCCUGCAGGGCAACAGUGAGCAAGGGAGGAGGCAUCAAGGAAACAAAGUGAAGGUACCUGAGUCUCUUUGGUUUCAGGACUGAUGGGAGAGGGAGCAGUUUUUUUAAACAAGUGCAUUUUAAGAAUUACUAUUCUGGACUCUCACAUUAAGAGAGUUUCUUAUUUCUUCUUUUUGUGCCCUUAGGCAACCAGAUAGCACAAAUUAGUUCAGAGAUAAAGUAAAGUAUGCUAGUUUUGCUCUGGGUUAAAAUUAUUUUUUCCCACAGUUAAAGGAACCAAAAGUGCUGUUUCAGCAGCAGAAGAGGAAAAAGAAAAUUUUUCUGCUUAUUACAGAAAAUGGCACAGAACCAAAUUGUUUUACUUCAGUGGUGCUAUUGCAGGUAAAAUUGUUUCUUAUUCAAAAUAUGAUUAUAAGUGGGUCUACAUGACUACUACUACAAAUGCCAAGUCAUGUUAAAAUCAGUCACAUUGCCUUGAUUAAUAGGGGCAUUGUGUGGAUUGUUGGCUCUAACUAUGGCUGGGGAACAUCUCUUGUGUUAGAGAAUCAGAUUUACCCAUUGAAAAUGUUGUUAACUUAAACAGAGCCAAACUCUUCUCAGCUCAGAGCUGUAUUUGUGUUUUCAUUUGAUCUCUCACCCACAGAAUUUCCAAGAUUUGACUUGCUUCCUGUUUGUUAGCAUUUACGUUUAAGUAGUGGCAGAGGUUUAUAAAGGCAUUUUCUGUUUGGUACAUGUGUGUGUGACUCCCACCUGGUCAGCGUAUAUGCUUUCCUGGAGUUUCGUCUCUGACCAAACACAAAAGCAACAUAAACUCCUGACAUAAGGUAGUGCGGCUACAGCCAGAAUGUGUGGGUGGUUUUUUUUUUUUUUUUUUCCUUUGUGAAGCUAAGGGUGUAGGUUACAUACUUCUUCCAACAUACAACUUCUUCCUAAUCUUUCCAGGGGAGGGGGAGGCAGUGUUUCCCCACAGCCCAGGACAGCCUCAGCUGUGAUUCCUGUUAAGCUUUACAGUCCCUCGCUCACGUUAGAGGGGAGCCUCAAACGAGAGAGGAUUUAACACUACAGGGGAUAGCUUGUCUUAGAUGUUUCUGUAAUGUGUGUGGGGGAGAGCUGUUAAGUUUUUAUUUGGGAACUGUAAGUUAUCAUAAAUGGAAUCCUUUUCCUUUCUGAACUUUUUUUCCUUCAAUUAAUUAAAAAAAAAUCCCAUGAAGAAUGACAAAACCAGCAUUAUAUCACAGGGGUAAGCACUAAUAUUAUUAUGAGCUAAUGAGUUAGUUAGUUACAGGCUUUGUCUACAGUUUUGAAAAGUUUAAGGCACUAAAUUGCAAAUAAGGUGACAAUACAUGCUUGUCCUUCACAAUGUAAGUUAAAGUAAUUGCCACUAAUAUGGGGAAAAAAUAACGAUUUGUGUUGAUUGCUAUUUGGUGUGCUGAGGCACAAAACAGGGAAGGGUUCAGUGAACUGUGUUCAUCAGAAUUGGGCAUCUUUGAGGGAAGAGAGGAAGUCGGACAGGAGGAACGGGAACUGGUGCUGUGCGCAGUCCCCCACGGUGGGGGUUUAGUGAGGGAAUGAGGGAGAAGAAACUUCAGCGACUGGGUUUGUGGAACUGCCUCAGUGAAGGUUUAAAGGCAACGUGCCCUCUAGGAGAUUUAGGAAUUGAACCAACUAUUCCCUAUUCCCUCCUGGGGAAAGUAAUUUCCUCUCAUCUUUCUAGCUGUGGGAAUUUCACUGCUGGCUGUCAAAGAUGCAUUCAGAGCUAAAUUCCAGGUACGCAGAUGUGCUUGCAGGGUCUCUCCUGAGGCAAGCAGCCGGGAGCUGAAGUGCUGCUGAUCUGCAGCAGCUGUUUGGCAAGAGCAGGGCUGCACUGCUGGACAUUGCGCAUCUCUGCCCUUGACUAACCACCCCGAUAACUCUGGGUACAUAUUGGGCUGGGGUGGGGCGAAGGACAGUUCAGCCAAAAAAAAAAAAAAAAAAGAAAAAGAAAAAGAAAAACCUAGAAAUGUCCCACCUUUGGCAUUUCUUACCUGUGCCAGAGGCUCCCUUCUGCUGAUUUGGUGCAGAACUAUAAAGCUUGUGCUUUAAGAAGGAAAACUAAAUGCUUUGUCACAAGUUAUAAUUGCAAAUCUUAGGUCUCCUUCUAGCAGUCUGCCAUGGACCAGAAAUUAAACUGGAGCAAGCAGUUUGUUUUAUGGCUUAGACUAAUUGUUAGCAGCCACUGGUGAUGUCCUGUAUAAUACUGGGGAUGCAAAUGUAAGGAAAAAAAAAAUGUCAUUGCAAUGAUGAUUUGUUCGUGCAGCAAACUUGUGCUGAGUGCUGUAAAUACAUUCAUGUUUACUGCUUUAAAAAGAAAAUUGCACAUUUUAUCUUUCAGUGGGAUUGCCUCCCCUCUUCUUCCCUUUCCAAAAAGAAAAUCAAAGCUCUUUUAGACUGACAGCUUCAGGUUGGGGGGGAGCUUUGCCAUAUUAUAAAUAUAUAUAAAUAUAUGUAUAAAUAUACUUUUUUAAGCAUGGGAGAGGACAAAAGAAUACUACAUUAUAAAGUACCCAAUAUAGAUCGUUAUACAAUGGAAUAUGCACAACUCAAUAAAGAUGUAGUUGAAUUUAAUAA